AUGAUAAAGUUUAGAGUGGAUCUCCAAGAUCUAUGGGCAUCAGGCUUUUUGUGGGAUGAAGACCUACCAGAUGCUGUCCAAAAUAAAUGGAUCGACAAUUUCCAAGUAUUGAACGAAAUCCCUAAUAUACAAUUUAAUCGAAAGCUCAAGCCAGAUAAUGCAGUCGACAAGCCCGAAAUACACGGAUUCUGCGACGCAGGAGAAUUAGCGUAUGCAGCAGUAAUUUUCCUUAGAUGGAAAUGUGAAGACGGUAGUUACAGUUUUAUUCCCAUUAUGGUCAAGGCAUUCGUGGCUCCGCUUAGAAAAAAGUCUAUUCCAAGAUUAGAAUUACUUGGAUGUCUAGUUCUAACCCGUAUUUACGCAGCAUGUGUUCAAGCGUUGAAAUUCGCUAAUGCAAAAGAUUGGAAUUAUGUACUCUGGACUGAUUCACAAACCGUCCUCUCUUGGAUCAAGACACCGGCAAGGAAAUUCAAACCGUUUGUAUCAGUAAGAGUGGCUGAAAUUCAAGAAAGUGUAAAUGUUGGAAAUUUCAGAUAUGUUAAAUCGAAAGACAAUCCUGCAGACGCUCUUAGUAAAGGCAUUUCCAUACACCAAUUGAAUAAUUGGAUGGCUGGUCCACAAUUCUUAAUUGGUUCCGAGGUAAUUGAUAAUUCAAGGCAAGACCCAAGCGAAAGCAACGAAGAAAUGGACAUUGAAUAUAAGAGUAAAUUCAAGAGCGAAUUGAGAGAAAGUGAAGAAACAACGAGUGAAAGUUGUAAUACCGUUGAAGUCCUAAACAAUGUUUUAUUCAAACGAUUACUAGAUAAUUGUUCAUCAUUUUCUAAAAUACGAAGAACGAUGGCCUACGUUCUCCGAUUUAUUCGCAUUUUGCGAAACAAAGUCAAAGAAACAAAUCCUAUUUCUUGGAAUGAACUGAAAGUAGCAGAAAAUCUGUUGUUUAAGUGGUGUCAACAAGAAGUGGAUAUUAGAAAAUUCCCUAUCCAAAAAUUAAAGCCGAAGUUCGAUGAAGAAGGCUUAUUGCGUGCACAUGGGAGAUUAGAGAAUAUUCGAUCACUUCCGCAAGAAAUGUGCAAACCAAUUGUCCUUCCACGCGAUCAUCCUCUAGUUGUUCUGCUAUUACGCCAUUUACACGAACAAAAAUGUCAUUGUGGAUAUAAAAGCCUUGUACACGAAGCACGAAAGAAGUAUUGGAUAAUUGGAAUACGGAACGCCGCAAAGAAACUCACGAACAAAUGUAUCAUGUGCAAGAAAUUACGAAGCAAACCACUGGAACAGAUAGAGGGACAACUCCCAAGUCUUCGCGUAGCUAUGGGAUUACCCGCGUUUACAAAUACAGCCAUGGAUAUGUUCGGUCCAAUUCAGAUUAGGAUGAAUCGUAAAACACGUAAAGAAGCGCAAGUAAUAAUUUUCAUGUGUAUGACAAUGAGAGCCAUACACUUGGAACUUGUGACGGAUAGAAGCACCGAGACAUUUCUAAUGGCAUUUAGAAGAUUUGCCUGUACUUAUGGACAUCCUAAUGUCUGUUGGUCUGACCGUGGUACAAAUUUCGUGGGAGCCCAAGCUUACCUUAAAGAAGUUACGUCAAGUUGGGAUACUUCCAAAAUCCAAAAGGUUCUUGCAGAAGAAUUCAGUUGUGAUUUUAGAUGGGAAUUUAACAUCCCAAAGGCAAGUCAUCAAAAUGGAGUGGUAGAAAGCCUGAUCAAAUCAGUACGUCAUGCAAUGAAUGCGACAUGUAAAAAUCAAGCACAUACUGAAGAGCAAUGGCAUACCAUCCUAAAGGAAAUUACUUACCUGGUCAAUAGUUGA